AUGUACAAAGUGGAUCCUACUGACUCGACCCGCCUCAUCUUGCGCGAAGACGCGCCGGAGCCGCCAGAAGACUACCCAGAGGCCCUGGAAAAAUGCUCCACGCGGCACUGGGUUGAUCGAUUUCGUGGGCACUAUCGUAUCGUCAAUGUUCCGCGCGAGCAUACGACAUGGAUGAAAGAAGCAUCGCGACUGGCAGUGCAGCAGGCUGGCUUCUCGCCCCUUUUCCGGGACGAUCUGGAGGCUGCCGUCGCCGACACGUCCUGCGGUGAUACUUUUCAGCACUGCGAUCCGUCGAAGCCGAGCAGCUGCUACUUCGUUCGUACGGAGCGAGUCAGCCUCAAGGAUGGACUCCACGGUGUGGGGCCCUACAGCUCUUUGAAGUCGAUCAUCGAGUCUGCCGUGACAGCACGUGGUGGGCACCAGGGUGUGGACAGUGGCACCGAACAGCUGAAGCUCUACCUGUUCCCGUGGAGAACCGACCUGGAUGACUUUCGUGAGUUUCGGGUCUUUGUCUCCAACGGUCGAGUCACGGCCUUCUCGCAGCAGAAGCUCUAUGCAAUCAACCCGAUUCUGGCGCCACUGUCUGAAGCGGAUCGCACUCGAGUCGUAGAGAACUGGCUUCGGAGGCUCUUGCCUUACAUUACAUCCACGGUGAUCCCUCGUCUGGAAGACCUCUUGCCCAGCUUCGUCCUAGAUAUCGUCCUCCUCGGACCACCUGCUUCUUACAAACAUCCCAGCGACGCGGCCUUGAACGUGGAUCUGAAUUCCCCGGAGUUGCUGGAGCCCUACUUCAUCGAAGUGAACACCUUCGGAUUUGCUUAUGCCUCCGGCUCCUCCCUCUUUUCCUGGGUCGAGGACUACGCACUGCUGUAUGGGAUCGACCCUGGAAUGGCCGAUGGUGCCGUUGCUGUGAGAUACACGACAUCAUGA